UGUUCUGUGCCUCAAAACAACUGUCAGUGAUAGCGUAGUGUUGUUGAAAUCGACGCUACUGACAGCAUCUAUAAAAUUUCCAACUUUAAGUAUAUUUACUGCUAAACGUUAAAAAUGGCAAAUAAAAUUGAAGAGUUGAAAAAGGAUAUUGCUGAACUUGAACAUUUCGAGAAAUUGGCUACUAGACAGAAAAAUAAAGACAUAUUAAGUAUUGAGAUAAGGAAACUUACUUCGGAAGUCAUAAAUUUGGAGGAACAAUAUAAAAACCAACUUGCUGUACCUACAAAUUCAGCUAAUCCUACUCAGUCUACAAAUAGGCGAUAUGAAGUAAAAUUAAAUAACUAUGCUUGGGAUCAGUCUAAUAAAUUCGUUAAAUUCUAUGUAACUCUGAAAGAUGUUCACAAUAUACCUGCAGAGAAUAUAAAAUGCGAUUUUACUCCAAAAAAUUUGGAACUGAAGGUAAUUGACUUGGAAAAUAAAGAUUAUGUUCUCAGAUUAAACUGUUUAUUGAGGCUGAUAAUACCAGAACAAUCUAACUGGAAAAUAAAGACGGAUAUGGUCGUGAUUAAUGCCGCUAAAAAGGAGCCGGAAAAUUGGUCGCAUGUUACUGAAUGGGAAAAGAAAUCAAGUGAUGCAAAAAAUUUGAAGCCUGAUCUGGAUGACAAAAACUCCGAUCCCAGCGAUGGACUUAUGUCAUUAAUGAAAAAUAUGUAUGAGAAAGGAGAUGAUGAAAUGAAAAGGACAAUUGCUAAAGCUUGGUCUGAGAGUCAGUCAAAACUUCCUCAAUUCUAAAAUGUAGUUUUUAAUUGCUAGAAUUUAAUUUUUGUACUUUUUAUGCUGCAUUGCCAAAUAGUAUAAUUUUUUUUCAAUAAAUAUAGUUACUUGUGA